GCCGGGUAACCGGAGAGCCGUGCGUCCAUGUGCGCAGUGACUGGGAAUUGAGAGUCCUCUGAAAUAUUAAAAUCCGAGCCGUAAACAGAGUUUUCGCAAUGGAUCCCGAGUCUUUGGUCGAGGCCCUUCGGGGGACGAUGGACCCCAAUCUGCGGGAGGCCGCCGAGAGACAGCUAAACGAGGGUCACACCCAGGUAAACUUUGUGUCCACUCUGCUGCGUGUCACCAUGUCUGAUCAGCUGGAUUUGCCUGUCAGGCAAGCAGGUGUGAUCUACCUGAAGAACAUGAUAACCCAGCACUGGAGUGAUGGAGACGGUUCAGGCACAGAGACUCCUGUCAAUAACAUCCCUGAGGAGGACAGGCAGUUCAUUCGAGACAGCAUAGUGGAGGCCAUCAUCCACUCCCCCGAGCGCAUCAGGGUCCAGUUGACAACAUGUAUCCACCACAUGAUCAAGCAUGACUACCCUGGCAAGUGGACGACCAUCGUGGACAAGAUUGGCUUCUACCUGCAGUCAGACAACAGUGCAGGAUGGCUGGGCAUCUUGCUCUGCCUUUACCAGCUUGUCAAAAACUACGAAUAUAAGAAACCAGAAGAGCGUCAACCUCUGGUGGCUGCCAUGCACAUCUUCAUGCCCAUGCUGAAAGAACGUUUUAUCCAGCUGCUCCCUGACCACUCCAGUGACUCUGUCCUCAUUCAGAAACAGAUCUUCAAAAUCCUCUAUGCCCUCUUCCAGUACAACCUUCCCCUGGAACUCAUCAACAGACAGAACCUGACAGAAUGGAUGGAGAUCCUGAAGACAGUAGUUGAUAGAGAUGUUCCUCCGGAGACGAUGCAGAUAGAUGAAGACGAGAGGCCUGAGCUGCCAUGGUGGAAGUGCAAGAAGUGGGCCCUUCACAUCUUGGCUCGCCUGUUUGAGAGGUAUGGAAGCCCAGGCAACACAACCAAAGAGUAUGCAGAGUUUGCUGAACUUUUCCUCAAGGAAUAUGCAGUUCCUGCACAGCAGGUGCUGCUGAAAGUCUUAUACCAGUACAAGGAAAAGCAAUACGUGGCUCCCAGAGUACUCCAACAGACGCUCAACUACAUCAACCAGGGCAUAGCGCAUGCUCUGACGUGGAAAAACCUUAAGCCCCACAUCCAGGGCAUCAUUCAGGAUGUGGUUUUCCCCCUCAUGUGUUACACAGAUAGUGAUGAGGAACUGUGGCAGGAGGAUCCAUAUGAGUACAUCCGCAUGAAGUUUGAUGUAUUCGAGGACUUCAUCUCUCCAACAACAGCAGCCCAGACACUCCUCUUCACUGCCUGCAACAAGAGGAAAGAGGUGCUGCAAAAGACUAUGGGCUUCUGCUACCAGAUUCUCACUGAUCCCACCUCUGACCCCAGGAAAAAGGAUGGUGCCCUCCACAUGAUAGGCUCUUUGGCUGAAAUCCUGCUGAAGAAAAAAAUAUACAAGGACCAGAUGGAGUUCAUGCUGCAGAAUCACGUCUUCCCCCUGUUCCGCAGUGAACUGGGCUACAUGAGAGCCAGAGCCUGUUGGGUGUUGCAUUACUUCUGCGAGGUGAAGUUCAAAAGUGACCAGAACCUGCAGACGGCUCUAGAGUUGACCCGUCUCUGUCUAAUCAAUGACAACGAGAUGCCAGUUAAGGUGGAGGCUGCUAUUGCGCUGCAGGUUCUCAUCAGCAACCAGGAGAAAGCCAAAGAAUACAUCACCCCCUUCAUCCGGCCAGUGAUGCAGGCGCUCCUGCACAUUGUCAGGGAGACGGAGAACGAUGAUCUCACCAAUGUCAUACAGAAGAUGAUCUGUGAAUACAGUGAGGAGGUCACACCAAUUGCAGUGGAGAUGACACAGCAUUUGGCGAUGACGUUCAACCAGGUGAUUCAGACGGGGCCUGAUGAGGAAGGGGGAGAUGACAAGGCUGUGACGGCUAUGGGCAUCCUCAACACCAUUGACACAUUGCUAAGUGUGGUGGAGGACCACAAAGAGAUCACCCAGCAACUAGAGGGCAUCUGUCUGCAGGUGAUUGGCACUGUGCUGCAACAACAUGUAUUGGAGUUUUAUGAGGAGAUCCUCUCCCUGGCUCACAGCCUGACCUGCCAGCAGGUGUCGCCACAGAUGUGGCAGCUCCUUCCACUGGUGUAUGAAGUCUUCCAGCAGGAUGGAUUUGACUACUUCACAGAUAUGAUGCCUCUCCUUCACAACUAUGUCACAGUUGACACAGACACCCUCCUAUCUGACACCAAAUACCUGGAGAUCAUCUAUAGCAUGUGCAAGAAGGUCCUGACAGGUGAUCCUGGUGAGGAUCCCGAGUGCCAUGCAGCCAAGUUGUUAGAGGUGAUCAUUCUGCAGUGCAAAGGCCGUGGCAUUGAUCAGGUUGUGCCCUUGUUUGUGACUGCUGCAUUGGAGCGUUUGACGCGGGAAGUGAAGACCAGUGAGCUGAGGACUAUGUGCCUGCAGGUGGCCAUUGCUGCACUUUACUACAGCCCCCCUCUUCUCCUGAACACCCUGGAGAAUCUCCGCUUUCCCAACAACACUGAGCCAAUCACUAACCACUUCAUAACCCAGUGGCUCAAAGAUGUCGACUGCUUCCUCGGCCUCCAUGACAGGAAGAUGUGCAUUCUUGGACUUUGUGCUCUCAUUGACCUUGAGCACAGGCCUCAGGCUGUCAACCAGGUGGCCGGCCAGCUCCUUCCAGCAGCCAUCCUACUGUUCAGUGGCCUCAAGAGGGCGUACGCCUGUCGAGCAGAGCAUGAGAAUGAGGAAGAGGACGAUGAUGAAGAUGGGGAAGACGAGGACGACAACGCUGAGCUGGGCAGUGAUGAAGAUGACAUUGACGAGGAAGGUCAGGAGUACCUGGAGAUGCUGGCGAAGCAGGCAGGAGAAGAUGGAGAUGAUGAAGACUGGGAGGAGGAUGAUGCUGAGGAGACGGCACUUGAAGGCUACACUACAGCUGUAGAUGAUGAAGACAACUUAGUGGACGAGUAUCAGAUCUUCAAAGCCAUACUACAGAAUAUCCAGAGCCGUGACCCAGCAUGGUACCAGGCACUAACACAAGCCCUUGAUGAGGAACAGGGCAAACAGCUUCAGGACAUUGGCACACUUGCAGACCAGAGACGGGCAGCACAUGAAUCCAAGAUGAUCGAGAAACACGGCGGGUACAAGUUCACGGCGCCAGUGGUGCCAUCUACUUUCAACUUUGGAGGCACUGCUCCAGGAAUGAAUUGAGUCAUCUGUUCUACUUUUUAUUACUCUGUGACUGAUUGUAGUGAAGUGAAAAAAAAGCUUGUGUUGUUCCCUUAAGUAGUGGUUCCAGAACUGGUUCUUCUCAGUCAUUCUUCAAUCUGUCAAAUGGGAAAUAGCACCAGAAGAUGUGGGAAAGCAACCAAAAUGCAACCAAUGGCUGGGGAAAACAAACCAAGAACUUGAGCACGAUGCAAGAGAAGAAGCUCUGAACAACGUUGUCUUCUGGAGCCCAGUGUGGAGGGGAUACCAUGACGGCAACUCUUUUGUUUUUUUUCCCACUUAAACAAAAUUGGGGGAUUAACAGUUAGAAAUUGAUAAUGGGACUAAAUAUUUCAUUAUCACUGUUGUGGCCAAAUGGCCGUAAUAAGAUUAUACCUCUGGUAGUGGUGAUAUCUACGUUAUUUUCUGCAUAAACACUCAUGUUUAUGUACAUACAAGCCAAGGUUAUUGAUUUUUCAAGUAGCCUUGAAAAACAACCAGAGGCAUUUGUAAGGUGUCAACAGCUGUAUUCAUAUGUAGCAUAUUGGAUACUUCAUAGCACUAUGUGAUGCCUGAUCUCUGUAAAUUAAUGACUAGCACUUUCAUAUUGUUCAGGUCUCCUAGCCUUCUGUAUCAGACUGCAAAUUUUUUAAAUUGAAGACUAUUUAAAAUGAAAACAGCUGUAACUUUGUUACUUAGCAAGCGACUUCUGUAAUGACUGGUUGUCACGCAUCUGGUUACAGAGUGGAUCAGUGGGCAACUCGGAAACAUUGAUUUCAGGAAAAAGAGAAUGCUCUUGGUGUUCAGUAUGGCUACAGGACAUGUGUUUGUGAGCACUGAAAGUACAAUUGGAUACAUCAUUGAAGCAUGUACAAUUGGACUUAUCGUGGAGGUCUCAAGCUUUUGGUUGGUGUAUGGAUGAACCAUCUAUAUAUACAACAACAUAUUAAAAAAAAAAAAAAGCUAAGGGAAUUCAUGACCAUGAGUGUUUCCUUAUACAGGCACAUUUCUUCCCGUUUCAUGAAUUUGUUUGAUAAUUGGUUAAAGAUUAUAAGAUUCACUUUUUUUCAGAUGACUGUCCACCAGAGAUGAUUUCGUCCUGUUUGUCUUUUGUCAAGGACAAACAGCCUGGUGAUUUGUCCAGAAACCUGUGUUAUGUUGCAUCUUUAUGCUAACAUCAAAAUCAAUCAAAAAUCUACACUCAAUACCCCAUAAUGACAAAGAAAAAAAAUGAAUUUUAAACUGAAAUAUCACAUUGACAUAAGUAUUCAGACCCUGUGCUGUGACACUAGAUCUUUAGCACAGGUGCCUCGUGUUUCUCUUGAUCAUCUUUGAGAUGUUUCCAUAUCUUGAUUGGAGCCCACCUGUGGUAAAUUUAGCUGAUUGGACAGGAUUUGGAAAGGCACACACCUGUCCAUAUAAGGUAUCACAGCUGACGAUGCAUAUCAGAGACAGGAUUGUGGCGAGGCACAGAUUUGUGGAAGGCUACAAAAACAUAUGUUGCAUUUAAGGUUUCCAGAAGCACAGUGGCCAUAAUUCUUAAAUUAAAAAAGUUUUGGAACAACCAGGGCUCUUCCUAGAGCUGGCCACCUGGCCAAACUGAGUAAUCAGAGAGAAGGGCCUUAGUCACAGGUGAUCAAGAACCUGAAGGUCACUCUGCCUGAGCUCCAGAGAUCCAGUGUGGAAAUGGGAGAAACUUCCAGAAGUCCUGUUACAAAGUAUUUUGCUGUCAAAAUACAGUUUCAAGACCUUCGUUAACUAAUUUUUGUUUAUUCCUAAAUGUAUGUGUUUUAUCAGAUUAAUACACAUGAUUACUAAUGUAAUUCAUACAAUUUUAACUAUUUAUAUAGUGUCAGAUAAUUUAAUCUAAAACAAUGCAUCACAUAUCUUGAAUGGAAAAUAUUAAUCUGUAAAAUAAUGUGUAACUAAGGCUGUCGGAUACAAUCACUGUUCGAUAAUUGGGUACUGAGGACUAACAUGGGUUUGGUGGAAGACGUAUUCAGAUCUUUUACUUAAGUAAAAUGAAAAUACCUAUAAAACAUAAAAAUACUAAAACUGAAGUAUUAUUAGCCAAAAGUACUAGAAAGAUCAAAAGUAAAAGUUGGACCCUCACAGAGUUAUAUUUUAUCAGAUAAUAAUUAUUGAUACAUUAACAAAUAAGCAGCAUUUUAAUAUUGGAGCUGGUCAGGGUGGAGCUAAUUUAACAAAUGAUAACAAUUACAAUUUUAUUUGUUUUAUAUUGUAAACAAUAUUUUUAAGGUUUGUACUGUUU